GAAGAAGUACGGCGGCAGCGGUUCGAGACGCAACUGAAAAAACGGCGUGCACCGUGGAGGAAGAAGAUGGCUCAACGUCCCAUCGAAGGGCUGGAGGAACAACUGACCUGCCCAAUCUGUCUUGACUUCUUCCAGAACCCGGUAAGUUUGCCUUGCCAGCACAGCUUCUGCUGUAAAUGUUUGGAGGCAGCAUGGGCUCAUAAGGAGGUUCGGGAAUGCCCCAACUGCAAACGGAGGUCGUCCAAGGAUUAUCCUCCAGAGCUGUCGGAACUGGCCGACAAAAAACUUCGUAAUGUCGUGGGGGCAUAUCUGGGUGGAAAGGAUCCAGGCGAGAAGGCAAAGGGAAGGACAGCAUGCGCGACACACAUGAGGAAGCUGCAGUUUUUUUGCACAAAUUGUGAAGAACUGGUGUGUUCGACGUGCAUGGAGACAAAACAGCAUUCUGGGCACAAACAGCAGAACGUGGAGGAGGUUGUGAAGCCAUGCAAGACUGAACUAAGCUCAACGCUGAAAGUACUGACAGACAAGUUGGACAUGUAUAACCAUGAGAAGGAAGUCAGUGAUUACAUUGUGCAGCAUAUUAAGCUCCAGGCCAAGAACACAGCGGCACAGAUCAAGCAAGAGUUUGCCAAGCUCCGUGAGUUCCUCAAAGAGGAAGAGGAGGCCAGGUUAACUGCCCUGAGGAGAGAAGAACAGCAGAAGAUGAGGCUGAUGACAGAGAGGACUGCACCGCUCUCCAGAGAAAUUAAGAUCCUCUUUGACAAGAUAAAGGACGUCCAGAACUGGAUGGAUUCCGAGGACAUCUCAUUACUGCAGGAUUACAAAGACGUAAAGGAGAGCGCCCAGUGGAGAGCGAAGGAUCCUGAGCCAAUCUCCAAAAUGCUUACUGAUGUGUCCAGACACCUGGGCAACCUUGGAUUCAAAGUCUGGGAGAAGAUGCAGGAGCAUGUUGAGUACACUCCUGUCACCUUGGAUGUGAAUUCAUCACAUCCAGACCUUGUUAUCUCUGGGACUCUGAGAGAGGUCAAGGAUGGAGGGUCAUCCCAGAUGGUGCCUGACAACCCUGAGCGUUUUGACUGUUCCAUGAGUGUCCUGGGAGCAGAAGGCUUCAGCUCGGGCACGCACAGCUGGGUGGUAGAGGUGGGAUGCAGGAACGCCUGGACCAUUGGCGUGGCCCGAGAAUCCGUUUCCAGGAAAGGCGACCUGACUGUCAGCCCGGAGGGCGGACUCUGGGCCGUGGGGCUAUGGAACGGGUUGGAGUAUAGCGCUGGAACGGCUCCACUGGGCACCGCCCUCAGACUACAGAAGAAACCAAAGAGAAUAAGAGUGAAGGUAGACUAUGAAAAGGGAUUGGUGUCAUUCCACGACUGUGAGGACAUGUCCCUCAUAUUCAGCUUCAAAGACAAGUUCACGGAGAACCUCUUCCCUUACUUUUCACCGUGUGUGAACCAGGAUAACAGUAACCCUGGGUCUUUAUGCAUCUGCCCAGAAAAAGUAUCCGUUAUGGUGCCGGCCACUUACUCCAUCUAACAGUGGUGUUGAAUGGGGGUAGGGAAGAUUCCAUUUUAGAGGCUCUCAAUUGAAGAGAACAUAGUAUACACAGACGUCUUAAGCUCAUUAUAAAACUCACAUUUUUUCUACAUAUGUUCAUCGACAAUAUUGUACUAUGAUAAUACACUGGUUCAAAAUGACAAUAAGAAUAACUCUACAAGUAGCGAUCUAAAACAUUAACAGUGAAAUCACGUUUAAAUGAAAAUCCUUGUUUUAUUGCCAUGUUUACUAUGCCAGAAGUAGUGGGUUAAUUGCAUAUGCAAUACACUUUCAAAGAUAUAUUGUUUUAUAGCAGGGCUAUUCAAUUACAAUGACUAAUUUAAAUGGACCAGAUUUCAGGACCAGGCCUUGUUUGGAACUUUUGGAAGUUUCUUCACCUUUAUGUAUUUACAUUUUUUAAUUGACUUUGUGAAACUAGCAAAAUGUUAAGCGAAGUGAUAUAUACCCGAGACAUCCCAAUGCAGCUAUACUGUAUGUCAGUCAUAACAGGAUGUCUCUUAUCCAGUCAACUCAACCGUAACUAAUUGUUGUACAAUUUGAAUUUGUUUGCCAAUGCCUUUGAGUC